CAGGGACAGCCUCGAUCACUCCGUGGCUUCCCAUUCUCAUCUUCCUCCUCGGAGCUGCCCUCCUUCUCGCAGCUCAGCCAUCUCCAGGGCAGUAAAUCCUCGGCUCUGCCACUGCUCAUCUUUCCCAUCUGGUCCAUUUCCACCAACUCCCUGAGGCUGUGAACAGCCUACCUGGGAGGCUGCAGCACAGCUGCAUUUGGGCUGAGGCUGUCCCCAGGGCACCGGAUAAAGAAACUGAAGCCUGGAGAGGGAAAAUGAAUUGCCCAAGGUCACACAGGUGUGAGUAGCCCAGCUGGACGUUAAACCCAUAUCCACAUUAUGUCAUAAUGGACUUUCUGUUUCCUGGACUCAAAUGCCAGGCUUCCCAGCUGACCAGGAGAAAACCCCUCCCCCCGAGGAAAGUGGACAUUGAGAAAAAGGAGCCUUUGAGUGUGUGUGAGAUAGCUGGGUCUCCCUUUGUGCUUUCCCUCCAGAGUCUCCACAGGCCUGAGCACUGGUUCUAAGGAUGAGUAGCCAUGCCAAUAGCCUUUUCCUGAGGGAAAGUGUUUCCCAACGCCUUGGGAGGCAGAGUUGGCUGCAGGGGUUUCAGGACUCCAUGCAACAGCGUGCAGCCCGAACCCGGCUGCAAAUCCAAACUAUGAACCGGGAGAGAGUGUUCCGGUUCCUGCGGAGAAAUGCCUUCAUCCUUCUCACAGUCAGUGCUGUGGUUAUAGGGAUCAGCCUUGCCUUUGCCCUGCGCCCUUAUCAGCUGACCUAUCGUCAGAUUAAAUAUUUCUCUUUUCCUGGAGAGCUGCUGAUGAGGAUGUUGCAAAUGUUGGUGUUGCCCCUUAUUGUCUCCAGCCUAAUCACAGGUAUGGCAUCUCUGGACAACAAGGCUUCAGGGAGGAUGGGGAUGCGGGCUGCUGUUUACUACAUGGUGACAACAGUCAUUGCAGUCUUCAUUGGCAUCCUCAUGGUCACUAUCAUCCACCCCGGGAAAGGAUCCAAGGAAGGGCUGCACCGAGAGGGUCGCAUUGAAUCUAUCCCUACAGCUGAUGCCUUCAUGGACCUCGUCAGAAAUAUGUUCCCACCCAAUCUCGUGGAAGCCUGCUUCAAACAGUUUAAGACGCAGUACAGCACCAGGGUGGUGACCAGGACUGUCAUGAAGAUGGAAAACAGGACUGAACUGGGUAUCUCCCCUUCACCUUUUUCUCUAAUGGACAACGGCACUAGUGUCCUGGACAAUGUUACUCGCGCCCUUGGCACCCUACAGGAGGUACUGAGUUUUGAGGAGACUGUACCCGUACCUGGCUCAGCUAGUGGCAUCAAUGCCCUGGGCUUGGUGGUAUUCUCGGUCAGUUUUGGCCUGGUCACUGGCAGCAUGAAACAAAAGGGCCAUGCCCUGAAGGUAUUCUUCAACAGCCUCAAUGAAGCCAUUAUGAGACUUGUUGGUGUCAUUAUCUGGUAUGCUCCUGUGGGUAUCCUCUUCCUCAUUGCUGGGAAGAUCCUGGAGAUGGAGGACACAGCUGUGGUUGGUGGACAGCUGGGCAUGUACACACUGACUGUCAUCGUGGGCCUGCUCAUCCAUGCUGGGGGUGUCCUCCCACUUCUCUACUUCCUCAUCACACACAAGAAUCCCUUCCCCUUCAUCGCUGGUAUGCUGCAGGCCCUCAUCACAGCCAUGGGCACUUCCUCCAGCUCAGCAACUCUGCCCAUCACCUUCCGAUGCUUGGAGGAGAACCUUGGCGUGGAUAGACGCAUCACCAGGUUUGUGCUGCCUGUGGGGGCAACCAUCAACAUGGAUGGCACUGCCCUCUAUGAAGCCUUGGCAGCCAUCUUCAUAGCCCAGGUCAACAAUUAUGAACUCAACCUGGGACAGAUCACCACCAUCAGCAUCACAGCGACAGCUGCUAGCAUAGGGGCUGCGGGCAUCCCCCAGGCUGGCCUCGUCACCAUGGUCAUUGUGCUUACAUCAGUUGGGCUCCCAACUGAGGACAUCACACUCAUCAUAGCUGUGGAUUGGUUCUUGGACCGCCUCCGAACUACCACUAAUGUUCUGGGGGACUCAGUAGGUGCUGCCAUCAUUGAGCAUCUGUCUCGGAAGGAACUGGAGCUGCAGGAUGCUGAGUUAAGCCUCCCAAGCCUUGGAAAGUCCUAUCAGCUCAUCGCCCAGGAGAAGGGGGCCAAUAGAGCUCGGGGUGGCAAUGAAAGCAACAUGUGAAUGACUGAUGGGUCCCCCAGGCUAGAGUCAGAGUCAAACUACCCAUAGCUGGAGGAGCUAGAGAACCAUGUCAGAGGGGUUCCUGGCCCAUCUGGCUUUGAGUCCAAAGGCACCAGCUGCUUGGCCCUACAUGGAUCCUUUAGAAGAAAAAAAUGAAAGUUUAUACGAGGCUUCAGUUCCUGCUCAGUGUGUUGGGGGUUAACCUUCAUAGCUUGGGCACAUGGGGUGAUAUGGAUCUGGACAAGAAACAGAGCCCGUCUUAGGAUCUCUUGGGAGGAGGGAGGGAGGGAGCUGCCCCUAUCCAAAUGUUUUGGAGGGGAGAGGGGAAGGGAAAAGUCUCUGUCUCUAUGAUGCUGGAGGGGGGAGGGGAGGAGAAACCCUUGUGUCAGUGUCCCCGAGGAGGAAAGAGAAAGUGUUAGAGCAUCUCCUGGGAGGCAACGAGCAGGAGGGGGAGGGAGACUAGGUGGCAGCAGUCCCUGGUCCAGGGUCCCUUGAGAAGGGAAGGGAAGUAAGGGGAGAGAGUGGCAUGAGGAAUGGUCCUUGUCUCUCUGCUUGAGGACCCAGGUCUUCUGCUGGUACAGAUUCCCCUCCUCCUUGUCUUGGUCCUAAGUAAAUCUCCCCUGUCCACCUC